GUUUAUUGCUGCAGAGGUUGAAUGACUACUGACUAACACUACUUCUAUCUCUGACUUCAGUUUCAGAGCAGAUAUGUCUAUUAUCACUAUUGUGGCACUCCUGGUCAUCCUGUCCAUCCAAGAGGGUACAUGUCUGGGGGAUCAAGGAGUGAAUCUUCGAUGUCGAUGCAUCGCCAAGGAGAAAAGGCCCGUUGGACGUUACAUAGGACAGGUGGAGGUGCAUCCUGCCAGCUCACACUGCAAUGACGUUGAGAUAAUUGCCACUCUUAAAAAGAAUGGGAAAAAGAUUUGUCUGGACCCUAAUGCUCCUUGGGUCAAAAAAGUGCUUAAGAAGAAUGUAAAGCAAACACGAUGAAGAACAAACCUUCACGGAUUUGGCUUGGAUAGAAAGAAGGACCUUUUGGAAACACAUUUUCACUGUUAACUGUUGGCUUGUACUGACAGAGCACAAGUAUAUGGAGGACCAAAACUAAAUAUAUAUAUAAAAAAAUACAUUUAUCAUAAUUAAAUAAAUUAAUGAAUAUAUAAUUAUAUAAUAUAAUGAUUGAAUAAAUAAAU